GUACGGUACAUGCACAGGUAUUGGUACCGUACGGGUACCAUAGGUACUUCUAGCUAGCUAGUACCGACCGUACGGGUGUCAGGUAGAAUCGAAUCUUGUGCACAGCCAAGUUGGAAAGCAGCUUCGCUGGUUUACUAUUCGUACAGAUUCCUCGAUGUUGACAUCCGAAAUCAUGAAAGAUCAUCUUUGAUGCUGCAGUAGCCUCGAGUGUACCUUGAUUGCCUCACCCCGUCUGAACCUUUAGAAUACCGUACCGUACACUCAACUGCUUUGACCUGGAAAGUGAAGCCUCACCUGUACCAAUACCUGGUAUCGAGCAGAUAAUAGCCAGAAAUGCGUUGAUCUGAAUUGAAUCUCAAUCAAGAAGAAUGAUUCGCUCCAUUCUUCGUCAGAACUUCAAAGGUCAAAGGCUACAAGUACAUGUAACACAGUCGUGUCGGCGUCGUCGACUUACUGUCAGGGGUCCACUUCACCUGGAAAGAGGCGAAACAACCAAUAGCUCAUACAGUCAAUCUGCGGCCUUCUUCAGUAGCUCCUACUAUGAUUACGGGGAGCAAUCUGCGGCAGAAGAUGUCGGACUCAUCAACAAACCAACUGAUGAAACUCUACUAGAAGAAGAAGAUGAUAGCAAUAACAAUGGUGACGAUGGUACCGGCACUAGUCAGACGGGAGAAAUGUCAGUAGACAAGUUCCUGGACAUGGAAGAUGAAUUGAAUGAUUUCGUCCAAUCACAAAGCUGGAGGACGUCCAGAGACAACAUAGAUCACUCGCUUCGGCUACUGAGUAAAAUGGUCCGAGAGUACGAAGCCAAUCCACAGCUUUGGGAAGAACAUGAUUUGAAGCACUGGGCAGGGGGGAGGUACCCACGAUGUGCAAAACUCCUGGAUGAAAUCCUGACAAAUUGGAUGAAUUGGUGGCCAGAGAAUAGGCAUCGUGCACAAGACAUUGGUCCGAAAACCAUGUAUGAUCUUGUCAACAACUUGAGUUCGGGAUCGCCACCGCUUCAGCUUACUGACAAGACCUACAGCAUCUUGGUCAGUGCAGCCUCCAAAGGAGCCAGCGAUCCAAGGACAGUCCCAAUGUUCGCUGAAAAAAUGUUGGAUCACGUACUGGAGGAGUCUACCAAGAAUCCUUUGCUUCGACCAUCCAACAUAUUUUUCAAUGCUGUACUUGCCGCUUGGUCCAGAAGUGGAUUGCCAGAAGCAGCUGAAAGAGUCGAGUCUUUAUUCAAUUCCAUGUGUUCCUUGUACGAAGAUGGUAUCCUAGACCACCCACCAGAUGAUGCCAGCUACGUUGCAAGGAUGCAAGCGGCGAGCAUUGGGAGAGACAGAGAGGUCCCGCAUCGAGUUACUGCCAUUUUGGACGAAAUGAAGGAGUUUCCCUUUGAACGGGUGGAACCGAAUACUGCUGCAUAUCGAAUGGCCAUCCACGCAUGGAUUCAUUCCAAAGAACCACAAUCAACUCAAAAAGCUUACACUCUGUUUGUGGAAAUUGUAAGAAAGUACAUGUCCACUCGAGACGAGCAAGUGCUCAUCGACACGGAUCUAUUUUCCAUCAUGAUUUCCACUUUGGCAAAGGCAAAAGAAUCGGAAAAGGCAGAAGAAAUAUUUGAAUUAUUAAAAGAACUCAGGGAUAGCACAGGAGACCAUCGAUUUGAUCCAAGCACCAAAGUUUUGCUGGGCAUGAUUAUAGCUCAUCGGUACAGCCGACAGGCCGGCUCAUCAGAAAAGGCACACGCCAUUCUUUUGCAUCUGGAGGCUUCAAGAGGCUUCAUACCAAAACGUUCUUACUAUGUUGAUGUCCUCAAAGCGCUGAUUGAAUGCAAGACAGAGAGCAGCUUGGAUCGCGCGGAGCAACUAUUGGCAAGGAUGGUCCAUCAUCAAAGCAAGAAUAAGGCAACAAAUAUGCUGUUUGACAAACAGCUGCAUGACCAAGUUGUAUUGGCUUGGUCUCGCAACACCAAAGUUAGGGAUGCCCCUGUUCGCGCAGAAAGACUGCUGCAGACAAUGCAUGAUGUUUCCAAACAGUUGAAGAAUGACAAGAUUGGCCCAGACGAACAAACCUAUUCUCAUGUCAUGGCUGCCUGGCGCCGAUCGCAAGACUCGAGUGCACCUGAUCGGGCUGAAAAGCUCUUUCUUCAAAUGUUGCAGCGUUAUGACCGGGGCGAUGUGAGGAUGAAGCCGAACCUGAUGCACUACACAACACUCAUCGCCACUGUGGCACGAAGCAGCCAGCCUGACGUGCCCGCCAGGGCGCAGACGCUAUUCGACGAUGCAAUAUCGCGCUAUGAGGCGACCGGAGACAAGACAUGGCAACCAGACAGUUACCUUUACAACGCCAUGAUGGUUGUUUAUCGGAAUGUUGGAAACGCAGUUGCUGCGGAAAAGCUGUUUCUGGAAUUGUACGAAUCCUAUGUUGAUUCGAGAGACACGAAUCUGAUGCCGUCAAGCCGGUGCUUCAAUACUUUGCUGGAGGCUUGGAUCAAUUCUAACAGUCCCGAGUCUCACGACAAGGCAAAGUUUCUAUUUGACAGCAUGGUGGAGUUCUCAGAGGAAGACCUUCUGAACGUGCCUCCCGAUGGACACACGUUCAAGCUAAUGAUUGAUAUGGUGGCCAGCAGCGGACAAGACGACGCCGCGGAACAAGCGGACAAGUACCUCGAGCUACUCAAGGCUGCCCCAAUCCUUGAGAAUCAACUGGGGCAUGGGAAGAUUUUCGCUUCGUACUUGUCAGUAAUUGGUGCAUGGUGCACCGGGAAGACUGACAAUGAUAAGGCAAUGGCAAGAGCCGAGGUUCUAGUCGCCGAACUGAUUGGUCUGGCCCAGUCCGGCAAGAUUCCACACCCCACACGCACUGAAUACGCUCGCUUCGCCUCCAUAGUUUCAGAGAGCAAGUUGCCAGAAAAGUAUUCGAGGGCAGUGUCAGCACUACAGGGUGGUGGGAAGGAUUUGCGACAAGAAGACGGUGAACUGUGAAGGUGGAGCUAUUUUUGCCUAAAAGUGGUUACCGAACCAUCAUGGCUCGGGGACAGCGAAGUUGAUUCCUUCGCUUCACGUACCAGCUUUUCGAAUACUUUGUCGCAGACGUUCCCAUGAGAAAUUGAAAGUUUGAGGUACAGCCGUACGCUGCACAUGUGAACGUAUACUCUAGCUAGAGGGGUAUCCAGCGUUUCUCUCUCGUUCAUGUUACGUUGGAGGCAUACCGUACCGGUACCGAUAUCUUAGUCAUUGGGGCCAGCCACUGCCAUAGUACCUACUAAUAAAAUAAUUGUCGAAAUAUGCUUGCCA